AUGCGAAAUAACCCAGGCAUUAGUUUCACCCUUCAGAGACUCACAUCAGGACUGUAUGAUCCUUCAUUUGUUGCUCAUCCACAUUGUCAACAUCUUCUAACAACACUUUGGUAUGAUCAAUUGCCUGGUUGGCGUAAACGUCAUCCAUUUACAAAAUUAUUUCUAUGCUUCUGUUUUAUUAUCGCUCUGCCAAUAUUAGCUCCAACGUAUUUAAUUCAUCCACAUGGAUGUGUUGGCCAACUGAUGAGAAGUCCAUUAAUCAAAUUUAUUAAUCAUAGUGCAUCAUUUGCAAUAUUUAUAUUUCUUCUUUUGAUUGCAUCAACUGACACACUGACACAAACUGAUUUACAAAUUCGUAGUGAAAUUCGAGGACCAGAUCCUAAUGUGAUUGAAAUGUUAAUAUUAUGGUGGGUUAUAGGAUUUGUAUGGAGUGAAAUGAAACAAAUAUGGGAAGAAGGUCUUAAAGCUUACGUUCGCCAGUGGUGGAAUUGGCUAGAUUUUUUAAUGCUUGGACUUUAUUUAACUACUGUUGCACUUCGUGUAGUCGCAGUACUCCUGCGUAAAACUAACCAAUACGGGACAGAAUCACUGCCACGGAAUCAAUGGCCACCGACUGAUCCAACUUUACUUAGUGAAGCUUUGUUUUCUAUUGCACAUAUAUUUAGUUUUGCAAGAAUUAUAUUUCUUUUUCAGAUUAAUGAACAUCUUGGACCGCUACAAAUUUCACUUGGAAAUAUGCUAAUUGAUAUAACAAAAUUCAUUUUUAUAUUUUUAUUAGUCAUUUCAUCUUUUGCCUGCGGCUUACACCAGUUGUAUUAUUAUUAUCUAUCGAAUGAUGAAGAUAAUCGGCCACGUGCAUUCAGUUCACUUGUCAGUUCAUAUCGUACCUUAUUCUGGCAUUUAUUUGGAAGUAGUCAAGGUGGUAACUUUGAAGUGACUUUUGUCAAUAAGACGACUGGUGAACGUGAACGUAUGGAAUCGGCAAGAAAUACAAUGGUUGUAGGCGAAAUUCUAUUAUUAAUCUAUCAUGCAAUGGCUAUUAUUGUUCUAGUCAAUAUGUUAAUCGCUAUGAUGUCAAAUUCUUUUCAAACAAUUCAGAAUCAUGCAGACACCGAAUGGAAAUUUGCAAGAAGUAAACUAUGGGUUGGUUAUUUUGAUGAAGGUUCAACGCUUCCUCCACCGUUGAAUACAAUUAUUAGCCCGAAGUCAAUUAUUCGAUUUUUAUGCGGAAUAUACCACUUGAUUGUUCUCCUGAUAAAAUCAUGUCGAAAUUGUAAACUACAAACCAGUGAUAGUAAUCACAGUGGGGGUAAUCAUAGACAAAAUAUAGAAUUUCGUAAAGAGACAAAAUUAAGCUCUAUGAAUAGUCAAUCUAGCCAAAAAUCAAGUCAACUUGAAUGGGAUAUUGAAAUACAAGAGACAGGUACAACCCGGGAAACACUUCCAAAUACAAAUAUAAUGAAUAAACAGAAACAGCAUUCCAUGAAAGAAAUCAAGCAGAGCAAACGAAAAACUUACUAUCAGACAGUUAUGCGACGACUUGUCAGAAGAUAUAUACACCAAUCAAAGAAAACAAUGCGACAAGAUGGUGUGAAUGAAGAUGAUCUCUUAGAAAUAAAACAGGAUAUAUCCAGUUUAAGAUUUGAAUUACGCGAAGAUAGAAAACGUGAAAUUGUCCGUGCUGUAUGCCAAUUGGAAACUUUAAAACAAGAACUUGUUGAUGAGUUGGGUAAACAGAGUACAAUUUUACAAAAUGCUACAAUACACCCACAAACAUCACCAACAACAAUGCCAACAACAUCAACAAUACAAACAUCAAUGAUAACAUCAUCACCCUCAUCAUCAUCAUAUCCUAGAGACGAGUUAACCGAUUAUCGAAGGAAACUUUACAAAACAAAGCCAUCAAUACCAACCUCGGUAAUAGACUCAAGUGAACAGGCAAAUAUACACUAUAGUACAACAAAUAUUAACACAGGUCAAAAACAACUACAACAACAACCCCACCAUCACCACCUUCAGUCGACAUCAAGUGAUUCAAAGAUUAAAGAAGGCGGUCGAAAGAAAUAUUCAUUAAAUUAUGAUAAAGAAUCAAAAGAUAUUUAUAAAGAUCUUAUGCAAUUGGCAUCCAUCAAUGAUAUACCAAUUGAUGUAUUAAAAUUAAAUGAACGUAAUAAUAGAAUAGCUACAAAAGGUUUAUAUAUUGAUGAUUGGAAUCAAUUUAAAAAUGAAAUGAAAAAUGAACUGAAAGAAGAAUUAUCUGCACUACUGAAUAAUAGAUCAGUAGUAUUAGAUAACCAACAGUUAAUUAGUAACACUAGUAAUAGUAAUAAUAAUAAUAACAGUUAUCAGAAUAUAUCUUCAACACCAAGUGAAAAUCGAUCAAAUAUCAUUCAAUCUACAAAUCAGACGAAAUAUUCUAGUAGAAAAACAUCAGAUAUUGUGAACACUACUCACUCGAGUAAUAUAUUACGUAAGUAUUCAAAACAAAGUGAUUCCAGUGUUAAUCCUAAUAAUAAUAGUAGAGUGAAUAUUAAUGAUCGUUUAAAAUUACUACAUACAAGAUAUUCAGAGAAUGUAAUUAUUGAUCUGGCGUCAUCGACACCAGUGACAGGUGUAUCCGAUUGUUCGACAUCAGUGCUACCGGCAUUAAAGACAACAGAAGGCAUAGUAGCAUCAACUCCUCCAGUGGAUACAAUGAUGUCAUCAUCAUCAAUAUCAGGAUUACAUGAUAAAUUUACAUCAUCAAGUCAUGAAAAUAGAAUGAUGAAAAGCAUAAUGAAUACAUCAACUCGAUCUACUGUUUUGAGUGGUGGUAAUGGUAGUAAUAGUAGUGGGAGUAUGAAUAGUAAGUCAAGAAGACAAAUAAUUGAUUUGGUGGGUAAUGAACAAAAAAACAUAAGUACGCCUGAAAAUUAUGCUACAUCCUCUGAAGAUGUUGAAAAAAGUUGACUCAAAUCUAUGAGACAGAAAAAGAAAAGGAAAUUCAUGAUAGAGGAGAACUAUUGAACUAUUGCUUUCUUCGUUUCUUCCUUCCAUUCUUCCUCCCUUGUUUUUUUACUUAUUAGAAGUACUUUGGGUUGGUUUGAUCCUUUUUGGUUUUCUCCUUGACUGGCAAUAAUAUCAGUCACUCACUCACCUAUUCAUUGAGUUACCCAAGGUGAUGGAUGUUUCAAAAUAAAACAUUUAUAUACAUAUACACAUACAUAAGUUACCUUUCUAAACAGUACUACUGUGACUCCCAUCGAUGAUCGCAUGUAUACUAAACAUCGUUAUUACUAUUACUAUUAUUAGUAUUAUUCACAACUUUUAAAUGUAAAAACCAAACAAACAAAUGCAUAGUAAUACAAAGAAAACCCCUUUUCUUUUUGUUUGUUUUUUCCUCCCCUGUAAAAUUGUUUACGGAGAGCUGAAAUAAAUGUUUAUUACACAUAAACAUAUAUAUAAUAAUUUUCUUUCCACAAAUGUUGUAAUCAUUAUUCAUAUUUCAAUUUGUAAACAAUCACAUAUAUCUGAGAGAAACAGAGGAGAAAACAAAUAGAAUCAGUAAUGGAAACAAAUGUAACAACUGACAAGCAAGCAACAAUGGCAGCAAAAGGAGUAGAAUGACAGACGCUGUGCGCCAAAACAAAUAUGCUCAAAUGAUACAUAUUACAUAAAAAAUACACAUAUAAAUAGUCUAGGAAACUGAUGAAUUUACUUAAAAUUAAUGAGUCAUUCUUUCUUUAUUUCUUCUGCCUGUAUAAUUAUUGUAUUUUUAAACGACAAAACUAUAAUCAUAA